UCAUUCACAACUUAUGGCAUUAAUUCUACUAUAUUCCUCUUUUGUUGUUUUAAUUUAAUCCUUUCACCUAGGUUGUAGAGAGUACUCACUCUUCCACCACACAACUCUUAGCCCCAAACUCUGUCAAAAAAAAACUCUUAGCCCCAAACAGAGUUUUAUUAUAUUGGACUGAUUAAUUCUACUAUGUAGCUUGUUCGAAGUUUUAUUGUGAUGCAAUUUUGGGGAAGAUGAGGAUACUCUUCAAAAGCUCUACCCGAAUGGAAUGGCUCCUGGAUUUAAGGGUAACUCAAAACGGAAAAUAAACUUGGGAAAACAAGAUGUUGUACAUCAUGGUUCUAAGAGUGGUCAAGGUAAUUUGUUGAUUACAAGAGCAACGACCAAAAGACCUUUUGACAAAUCGCAUGUGGCAUCUGAUGACACAACAUCUCACAAUCGACAUCCUCAAAGUCCAAGGCAUGACAUUGUGUCAAAUCAAAAUUCUGAAUCUGUAUCAAUGGAGAGCCUGCAUGGUCUAACACCACAAUCAAAUGGGGUUGGAGGGCUAAAACAAAAGUAGGAGUGGUAAACAGAAAACACAAAAAAAAAGGAGUGAAAAAAACAGAGUAUGGAAAAGAGAAAAAUGAUAAGAGAUGAGAGAUUAAGCUAAACAAUAGUUUGUCUCAUUUGGCUGCUGGGAAAUAUUCCCUUUCUUAAACAACCAUGUUACCGAUUCAUCUUCACGCCCUAUUAAAAGAGUACGUGGUCAAACAAUGGGAAAGGGAAUCAUGAAGGCAUAUGAUGCUUCUAAGACUAAAGUGAAGAUAAACGUUGAUCUGUCAAUUGGAAGACCUGAGAACGCAGAAGAGUCAGCCAAGCUUUCAAGUCAAAUCGGUAUAAUUACUCGCGAUGUGCUUCCUGUUCCUAGAAGGUGGAAAGAAGUAGAUGAAGAAAAUGGAUUGGCUCCUGGAUUUGAUCACAUGCAGUUGCAUAUGGAUGUCAAUAUUGAUGACGCGGGUGUCAAAGAAAGCUUGGUUGAAAGACUGAAAUGUAGUACGCGACAAAAGCGUUACAAGCUAUAUCUUCAUUACAAGAAAUUUCAAACUCUGGAAUUGGCUAAAAGUAAUAAGCCAUCUUCUUAUCCAGACCAAAACAAUUGGCAGUUGUUGUGUGAUUACUUUGCAACAGAUAAAUUCAAGAAAUCAAGUAUUGCGAACACGGAAAAUAGGAAACUGGUACGAGCGCCACAUAUUUCAAGCAGAAAACCCUUCACUGUACGACGACUUGAAAUUUCUCAGAAGCAGCUAAAUGGUGAUUCUUGUGAUCGAAUUGAGUUGUAUAAACAAACUCAUUUUACUGAGAAAAAGGGCUGGUCAUCUAAGGUGGCAGAAGAAAAUUGGUAAUUUAUCCAAUUAAGAGUUGAUGAAAAAGAAACAAGAACAAUAUAAAGAGGAAGGUUGUGAUAAGAGCACUGAUGAUAUAGUUCUUGAGGUACUUGGUCAUGGAUCUGGAUACAUUAAAGGCCUUGGGUAUGGUCCUAAACCUAGCAGACACAACGGUGCAAAUCACUCCCAAACUCAGCACCUCCAAAAUGAGCUUCAACAAACAACAAGAAUUACAAGUUUCUGAAACACAAUUUGAUGGCCUCAAAAGCAAAAUUCAAGUGGAAGAUACUGAAAAAGAGGUGUUUGACUUGAGAAACCAGUUGGCUCAACAAGCUUCCAAAAUGGAGCAACAAGAUUCAAAAAUGGAGAAGAUCAUGGCAUUUAUGGCUACCCAAGGAAUGAAUUUAUAAAUUUUGCUUUUAAUUUAUUGUUCCUGUAUAGUUGGAAGUAUGUUACGGUUUCCGCAUAGGAUUAGAAUGCUCUAAAACUAUUUAGCUAGUCAGAUUUUUUAUUGGUCCCAUCCCCCAGAAUUUACACUACAGAAUCUUGUAAUGUUUUUAUUGUUUUAGCAUUAAGUAGCGGUUAUUAUUUACUAUUUAAUUAACAUUUAUUAAUACAAACGGUUUAGGGUUUUGGGACAAAUGAUUCGUUACCAUGUCACAAUUAC